CGCGCGUGUCUGGUGACUUACCCUUUGCCGCCAUGCCCCCCCAAGAUCCAGGACGCCCUCCAGUCCAGUUCCCCUCUUGGCGCACCGUGGUCCUCUUCCGCGCCACCAACAACACAGCGGCGCUGCUCCGGCGCGAGCUGCGGCUGCUGGCGGGCCCGGGCGCGCGCUGCGUGGAGCACCGCACCGGGCUCGCCGUCGUGGUGGCCGAAGGAGAGGGGGCGCCGCCGCCGCCGCUGCCCAGCGAACACGCGGCCAGCAGGCUGGCCUGCUUCCGCGGCGCGGGGCGCGUGCUCUGCGCCGCCCCCAGCGCGUCGCAGCUGUUGGUGCAGGUGGCGGCACUCGGGUCGCGGUUCCGAGGCAGGCGCGUGCAGCUGCGCUUGGAGCAGGCCCAGCGACCCACCACGCUG